AUGUCUUUUGAAAGACCAGAUGGACUGACUAGAAGGAGUCGAGGAGCUGCAGCAGGCGGAGGCUUCGCCGACUUGCACGCCACGCGAGACCCGGACCGGCUGGAUGACGACGAGAAGGUAGGUGGUAGAGAUGAUUACGACCCUCACUCAACUGCAGACUUGGAGGACGAGGAGGAGUUGGGGGACAAACAUACCAGAUUGAAUCUUAUGGAACAGGUGCUACUCAUGGGCAUCAAAGACAGAGAGGGUUACACCUCUUUCUGGAACGACUGCAUAUCAUCAGGACUGCGUGGAUGUCUGCUGGUGGAGCUGGCUCUCAGAGGCAGGAUUGACCUGGAGCCAGCCACUAUGCGACGGAGGGAACUGUCUCUUCGAAAGGUGGUCUGCAAAUCAGACACACCCACAGGAGAUGCUAUUCUGGACGAGGCCCUGAGACACAUCAAAGAGGCCGAACCCACUAUGACCGUCUCAUCCUGGAUAGAACUCCUCAGUGGAGAAACAUGGAAUCCUUUGAAUCUGAAGUUCCAGGUUCGAAACACGAGAGAGCGCCUAGCAAAGAAUCUGGUGGAGAAGGGCGUGCUGACUACUGAGAAGCAGAACUUCGUCCUAUUCGACAUGACCACCCACCCCGUGUCCAACCCCUCUUCCAAGCAGAAUCUCAUUAAAAAAGUGCAAGAGUCAGUGCUGAACAAGUGGGUCAACGACCCCCACCGAAUGGACAAACGAAUGCUCUCCCUACUGCUCCUGGCGAACGCUUCCGAUGUGCUGGAAAACGCAUUUGCCCCCCUCCCAGAUAAAGACUACGAGUUGGUUCUGAGACGUGUCAACUCGCUCCUCUCGCUCGAGUAUGAAACGGAGUGCCUUAAGGAGGGGUCAAAUGCUGUCAUGUGGGCUGUGUUCAACUUCUUCAAGUAG